GCGGCGCGGCGGGUUUGAAGGCAGCGGCGGGAGGCAUCUUGGAUUUUGUGCAACAGAGUGAAAAAUAGUGGAAUAAGCAGUGAAACUUUCUUAAUCUGGCUGACUUGAGUUCCUUUGUUGGAACAAAGGUAAACUGGUAGAAGAUGCCAACUGGGAAAGUUUUGCAACCUGUACUAAAAAUGAAAGUGGAUGAACUCUUCCUGUGCUGGCUCAGUCAGCCUACAACCCAGUUGAUGUUAAAGGAUUGUUUGAGAAGGAUCAAGAAUGAAGAGAAGACUGAAAUUGGUAGUGGAGAUGCUGGGGACAGUGAACCUCUCACUUUUACUAAUAAAACCUCCAAAUCUAAACAAAGUAUGCUAGAUAACCUGAUAUCUCCUUUGGUGACUCCUUCCAGUCCUCCUCAUCUUUCCACAGCUCUUCCCCUGGGAACUUCAACUAGCCCAAGAAACCUAUCUAAUAUUAGAGGAAUACGUAGAUCUACAGGGACAAGAACAGUUAAUGCCCCCAUCUAUGGAAUUUGGAGUUGUUCCAAUGAUGGUGGAUGCACCAGAACUAAGUCCCCACCCUUCAGCUCAGGUCAUCAGAUUUUCUGCCUCCAGCAGCAGGUUCAGACAAAGAAAGAAGAACCUUUGCCGCCAUCACUGAGCCAAACCAUUCCAACAUUUUAUUUUCCCCGAGGAUGUCCAAAAGAAAAAGUGAAUAUAGAUGUAGUGAUUGCCAAAAUAGAGAGAACUUUCUCUCAGUUUCCAAAUGAGAGAGCAAGACUAGAAGACAUGGGCAAAGUUGCAAAGGCCUGUGAAUGCCCACUUUACUGGAAAGGUCCCUUGUUUUAUUGUGCUGGAGGAGAACGAACAGGAUGCGUCUCAGUUCAUAAAUUUGUUGCAAUGUGGCGGAAAAUACUACAGACCUGCCAUGAUGAUGCGGCAAAGUUUGUUCAUCUUCUGAUGAACCCUGGAUGCAACUACUUGGUGCAAGAAGACUUCAUUCCAUUUUUACAAGAUGUGGUGAAUAGUCAUCCUGGCCUAUCAUUUUUAAAAGAAGCAUCCGAAUUUCAUUCUCGUUACAUUACCACAGUUAUACAAAGGAUAUUUUAUACAGUAAAUAGGUCUUGGUCUGGAAGAAUCACGUGUAAUGAACUCAGGAAAAGCAGCUUUUUGCAGAAUGUGGCAUUAUUGGAAGAAGAAGCGGAUAUUAACCAGCUGACAGAGUACUUCUCUUAUGAGCACUUCUAUGUCAUCUAUUGCAAAUUUUGGGAGCUGGAUACAGACCAUGACCUCUAUAUUGAUCCAAAGGAUUUAGCCCGGCAUAAUGAUCAUGGUAUGACA